AUGACCUGGGCGUCAUCUCAGGGUGCAGGCUUCGCCGAGAUGGUGCAACUUGUGCGCCAAGCAGCCGAGAAGGCAGAUGCCGCCAACUUCAUAGAUGGCCUCACAUCUGGCCACGGAACGUCUGUUGGGCCUCGGGGCACAUCCGUUAGCGGCGGACAGCGACAGCGGAUAGCCUUGGCCCAAUCCCUGAUCCGAGACCCUGAAAUCUUGAUUUUGGAUGAGGCCACUGCAAGCGUCGAUUCAGCCAGUGAGAAAAAAAUGCAAGCCGCUAUUGAGCAUGCGGCGCCGACAAACAUCAUCGUGCUAGAGGCCGGUGGAGUUGUCGAACGAGGCACAUAUGAUGAGCUCAUGGCCGUGGAAGGCGGCAAGUUUGCCCAUCUCAUUCAACUACAAAAGUUGAGAACAACCGGCAGUGUGGCAGAAGUAGAGUCACGCGAUAGUGCGUCACUUGCUGACUUACACGAUAAGGUCAAAGAGACACCUACCGAGAAGGACGAGGGAAGUCAGAAGAAAGCAGCGGCUGACAGCACAAUCGAAACCUCAGACGAAGCUGAUAACACUCCACCUCAACCAUUUAGCAGUGUCGUGAGAGGCAUUGCUUGGUUGAUCCGGCCAUCUUUAGGUUGGGUCUUUUUGGCAAUGGUCGCGGCCACCAUAGUUGGUGCAACAUUCUCUGGCUCUGGUCUGAUAUUUGGUUACACAGUUAGUCCUCUGAAUCCUUGCCAGAGCACUGUCCAGCGUAUUCUAUCAAUGGGUCGACUAUUUGGGGGUUUAAUAUUCAUGCUCGGCGCCGUUGAGCUGAUUGCCAAUUUCCUCGCCUGGUGGGGUUUCGGUGUUAUUGGAGAGAGAAUACUUUACACGUUGCGGCAGUUAUCUUUCCGAUCAUUGUUGGAGCAGAAGCUCGAUGGCAUAUAUCGGAAGGUCGCACGCCGUCCCGGCUGCUGUCCAUCAUCACCAAAGACUGUGCCCCAGGACCCUGCUCUGUUUGAUGGAACGGUACUUCACAAUGUGGCCUUGGGUGCGGUACCUGGUCAUGAGGCCUCAAACGCCGAGAUUAAAGAAGCUUGCCGUGUGGCCAAUAUCCACGAUGAGAUAAUGGCCUUGCCUGAUGGCUAUAAUACGCAAUGUGGACCGUCCGCGUCUCGCCUCUCCGGAGGCCAGAAACAGCGUAUAGCCAUUGCGCGUGCUCUCGUGAGGAGGCCGCGGUUGUUGCUACUCGACGAGAGCACGAGCGCACUUGACGCAGCAGGAGAGGCUGAACUGCAGAAGGGCCUUCAAAGAGCCUCCAAAGACACAACAGUGUUGGCAAUUACACAUCGUCUGCACACGGUCCACCAAGCCGACAUGAUUUUCGUCGUCGAUGGCGGAAGAAUUGUCGACCAAGGACGACAUUCUGAUUUGCUCGAGACAAACGAGAGUUAUAGGCUUAACGCAAUGCAACAAAUGCUUCAAUAA